AUGUCUUCCAACACCAAAGCCAACAACACCUUCUCCGCGACGAACAUUUUCAGCGGAUCGCACGUUGAAGAGUGGGCUUUGUCCAUGCUCCACUACUGCCGUUCUGAGGGCUGUGGUAUCGCACUUGACCCUAGGCCGGUUGCCCUCGCUACGGGCACCGACGAAGAAAAGGCCGAGAGGAACAAGGAGAUCAAGGAGUGGAACACCAAGGACAUGCAGGCCAGGGGGAAGAUCGGCUUCAAAGUCGACCCCCACGUCUGGGCCAAGGUCGAGGAAGCAGCGAAAAGUACGACGGCCCCUAUCCAUACGGCGUCGGAAAUCCUCACUUUCCUCAAGUCCGAGUACGGCGUCCAGAAGCGCGGCGUCACAGAAGCUUUCCCGAAGCCGAAAGGCCAAGGCUCCAAGCAGAAGAAACGCGGCGGUCGUAACUACGACCGGUCUGGCAAGCGCGACGCGCAUGCCGCCGACGGUACGGUGCACUUCGCACAGUCCGCCGACCGCUAUGCCCCUGUCGACCAGCGGGAAUAUUUCCCAGCUCCCAGGGAACUGCCGCCGCCGCCGCCUAUGCAGGAAUCAGUCCGGGAUCCGCGCCUCCUUCCUAACCAGUCGGGGCAGCGUUUCCAAGGGACCGGCGCGCCGAACACCUUCGGCAUCCAUCAGGCGCUUGAUCGCGCACGAGACACGGCUAGCCUUCACGGCUCGAUACGCCCGCUCGUCGAGGAUGUCCGGACCGAGGUUCAACGCGAGACGCUCGAAGAGCGUCUGAGAGAGGAGCCAUCAAUGGAGAUUGCCGAGACGCCGCAAGGCAGUCCGACUCCAACCGAGCGGACGAUUCAGGAGCCGAUAGCUCCCGAAGCGUCUCGCCGGGACCUUCAGAUAAGGUUGGCAGAGAUGCAGGCACGGAGUCACAACCACCGCUUACGGUAUCUAGGUUGGGCCCCAAACCCCUCAGCCGCCGACUGGGGUCUCAGCGACGUCCCGCAACCACCGCCAACGUCGACCUUGUCGACGCCGGCUCAUCCACCGAACCCGACGUCAACAGCCUCGAGUUCGGAUCAGUCGCCGAUGGACUUCCAUACGGCACCGAGUUCCUCACAGGCCCAGUCAGCCUCGAGUCAGAGCUACCACACAGCUCCUCGGAACCAGACGUUCUUCGGGCUACCACCCAGCGACGAGUCCAGCGUCGAGGAUCUUCCUCCGCGACCCGUUCACCCGGAACCAGUCUCGCCGAACGUAUCGGCGGAGACACUCGUGGACCCACCUCCGCGUCCCCUACCGAACUUCCACUGCGACAUAUGCAGGGGGAGGUACUGCCGAAUGCCCGAGGACCACGUCCUACUCAGCUUCGGACUUCGGCUCUCACGAGCCGAGAUUCGACGAGUCCGCGAGGCAGACGGGAUUCCAACGGGACAGAGACCGAGAGGACUCCAAGCCGAUCGCCUAACAGAUGCGGCGGGAGAACUCGGGGUACCAAACGAGAUAUUCGGGUGGCCCAGGAGGAGACAGGAGGAAUGGAUGAGGGAGCUCACCGAGGCAUACCUGGCCGGCGAACCUGAGGACUACGAUGGAUGGAGCGACGAGGGCGGAGUAAUGGACUCGCUAGAGCGAGCGUACGAGGCAGGCAACCCGUACCUGAACAAAUCACUCGAAUGGCAAACGCCAUGGCAAGUCGCACGGGGCGAAGUUCCUGACGUCUCCAAGUUCAGAGUCUUCGGAUGCGGAGCAUACGUUUUCCUACCAGAAGCGUACCGCAAGGAUAAAUUAGACUCCCAUUCCGAACUAAUGACGUAUAUCGGAAAUGCGGAUGGCGGGCAUGGAUGGAAAUUCAUGCGGCGCGAUAAUUCCACCUUCAUCGCUGCCCACGCCGUGUUCGACGAACUAAUGUUCCCUCGAUGCACAGAACAACCGAUCCCUCAAGCCACGCGGAUACACAUCCCAGCGGCUGAGGAUCUCGAUCACACGGAUCCUCACGUUACGAGUAGUUGGGAUCCUAUUCUCGCUAUUCCGGGAACAAACAUUCCCAAACGUAAAGGUUCUUCUUCCAAGCCAAAACCUUCUUAUCAGACGCCGAGCUAUGAUGACGACGGUUAUCAAUCGGAAGAGAGACCGAGCAGCUCACGCGUCCCGGCUCGUAGGCCAGCACCACAAGUGCAAGCCGCUCCUAUUGUACCUCAGGUACCGGCCCCGGCAGGGCUGAGGAGAUCAACCCGAGUACCGGUUCCUACCACUCGUCAGGAAAACAAUUCCAUAGUUGGUGACACAGCUUCCCAACGAGCGCGAGCACAGGAUAGGCAGGUGGCCGCGGACCGCCGAACAUCUACCUCAAACAGAGGUGGUAGGCGGGGCGGCCAGCCACGACCAUCACGAGGACAGGCAAAUACGCCAAGCUCUCAGCCACCUUCAGCAUCUCAGCCCGGUGCGACUACAGAGCAGUCUGAUCCAAGAGAUGCACGGCAAAACGAUGGACCUGUCGUCCCUCCACGCCACGAGUAUGAGGGCGAACUACCGCCCGCCCAUGAGCCCCCAAUAUUACCGGGCAUGGAUGAGGCCGAAUCCGGCCGAGAAGGGGGAGAAUCAGUGUCAUAUGCCUCUCUAAUGGCAAUGGCCGUUCCUAGCGACUCCGUUCGCGAUUGGAAAUACGAGGAUUUCAAGCAUUCGGCUGAUCUACUAUGGAUUCCCACCUUCAAGUUCGCUCAAGCGCUGGACAACGAGAUCAGCAGGCCCUCGGGUUUCGAAUGCACGAUGUUUCCGCAGACUGGCGCUCCUACUGAAACCACGAGUUACUUAUCUCAAUCUACCGUGCAAUACAACAACACCCUCGCACUUUCUGCCGUUGAAGAACUCCAAUCAAGACACCCCCAAUACUCCCGAUACUGCAUGUACCCAGAGCAUCCUUGGAUUUCCAUGGCGGUGGUAGUGCUCCUCGCGUCCCUUUUACUCUCGAGUAAUUUACCAUGGGUGGCCUAA